AUGGCCUCUCCUCCGCCGACAGACUUCGAUGCCGUGCUGGAGAAGCUUGGCUUGGGAGAGUGCAUAAAGACCUUGCGUGAGAACGGGGUUGAGAACUGGGAGACAAUCAAGGAGCUUACGGAAAGAGACAUGAAGGAGCUGGGCAUCAAACUUGAUGCGCACUUGGUCGACAUCAUGAUUGAUAAUCUCAUCGCCAUCAGCCACCCCCGGAGCAGAGAGAGUCACGAAUACAGCAACUUCCUUCAGUCCCACCCUUCCCUCUACAGCGCUUUCGACCGCAUCAAGAGCCUGGAAAUUGAUUGGAAAUUUGGUCGAAUCAACAUGGCGGAUCCAUAUCAGGUGGGGCACCUCCUCGGUGAGCUUCAUGCCACUCUGUCGACGAUUGACGAUCGCUAUGACGCUCGGAGAGUUGAGCUUGCGGUUCGGCACUUCAAUGUCAUCAACGGUUCUGGUGAUGCCCAGAAGCGGUCUUCGAGCUACAAAUAG